GUGCGCUACAGUGUAGAUCUAUCUACCUUAAUCUCUCAGUCUUUUGUUUUUCCGAUUUGUGGAUCACUGGAUGCUUCUACUAGAUUUAGUUUAGAAUAGGCCUAAGAUUUAAUCUAGAUCUAUUAUCUAUAUAGAUCUAGAUCCUUCCAUUAUCUGAGCUCGACACCUAGUCUUUCUAGAUCUACAUCUAGUAUGAUCUAGAUCUAGAGUCUAGAAGUAGACUAAGUAGAACUAGAGUCAAUGAUCUAGACUACUGACUAAUGAUAGACUAAGUUAAACUUAGUGACUUAGUUUAAGUAGUAAUACUAGAUCUACAACUAUUACUUUACUUAGUAGACUCUCAUCUGACUCUAGUCUAUACUAGAUUUAACUAGAUCUACUUGUACUAGAUCUAGUAACUUACACUUGUUUACACUGUUACAGUUACAGUGUUACUGAUAGAUCUAGUCUAUAUAUAUAUAUAGUAGUUAUGUCUAGAUUCUAGAGUAGAAAUAAUGAAAUAAUUGAAUUGCAAUAGAAUAGAUAUAAAUCUAUCUAGUCUGGACGUAGACAAUAUUCAAUAUCAAAAUCAUCUAUUAUUAAUUAUCGUCUGCAUGACUGUAGCGUAGCACACAUUUCUAAAUUCCAGAGAAACAAACUCCAAAAAGUUCUUAACAAUCUAGAUCUAGAUUGACUAGAUAUUUUAAAUUUAGAUAUAUCUAGUCUUGAUCUACUAUUCAUAUGAGAUUACAGUUAUGAAAGUAAAUAAGAUUUUUUUGUCUCAAGUGAAAGAGGAGCUGACGGCAGCUGCAGCCAGAGCCGCCAGUGCCAGCCCUCCACUAACACCUAACCAUACCUCCAUCAGUGAUGAUGACCUUGUCUCUCUUUCUGUUAAAGACCUGAACAGAUUGCUAAAAGGACUCACACGAGAUGAGGUGAGCAAAUUAAAACAACGAAGGCGCACUCUCAAAAACAGAGGAUAUGCGGCCAAUUGCAGAGAGAAGCGUAUAUCUCAAAAAGAAGAACUGGAAACAGAGAAGGAUAAACUCAGAGCAGAGGUAGAGAGGCUACAACGUGAAAACAGUAUUGUGAAAAUGGAGCUUAAUGCUUUACGAAACAAAUGUGAGGCCUUGGAACAGUUUGCUCAUAGGAAUGACAUUCGUGUUCUAACGCACCCUCACCACAUGGUCUCCCAAAUGCAUGCCUCUCUUGUGGUCAAAUCUGAGCCAAUGUUACCAAGUUCAACUGUGUCAUAGCGACAGAAAUCUUGAAUUGAAAUAUUGAUUUCUUAUUUUGUUGCUUCAACACUCAAUCACAUCACCAUAGAAUGAACCUUUUUUUUCUGUUUGUUUUAUUUUUAUCAUUUUUUGAAGAAAAAAAAGGAACUUGAAGAUUACAAAAAGUCAUAUCAGUUCAUACAGCUCAUUACAGUUGAAAUAUCAAAGACUUAGUCAUCAUUUACACGAGGCCUUCAAAUGUAACUCUUCAUGAGUGCUGAAUACAAGUUACAUACAAACAGGGACUUCCAAAUGUUUAUUUUUUAACUAUUUUGCUGCCAUUACAAAAAUGUGUACAUGUUUCAUUAUACAGUAAAGAUACUUGUUGUAUAGUAUGUAUCUCUCAAAAAUAAUAUGACAUUGUUUACAUCCAACGCACCAUACACUUUUGUUAUUUGAUUUCCCUUGAUUUCGUUCCAUUUUUUUUAUACUCCCAUUAUUUUCAAGAAAUAUCAAUUUACUUCAGAUUUAUGUUGUUGUUUUUUUCAUUUAUAAAUACCAUCAAAGUAUCAGUUUGUUUUUUACUUUCAUAUUGGAUGACAAUAAUUUUUUAAAUAAAAUAUUUUGGAGUUGAUUCCCUGCCAAUUUAUUUCUAUUUUAAUUUACUUUUACAGUUUUAACUGUUACCUUUUUUAUUUUCCAUAGAAAAGAAAUUAAAAUUUUGUUUAUGCUUUUAAGCUUCUUGGAAUAAUUAAUAAAGAGUCAGAAGUAAGCUUAUUAGUUCAAGUUAACUUGAGUGCCACAUUAAUUGAACAUUUUGUAUUGUCACAGUGUAAAUAGUAACAUCACAAUGCUUUUGCUAUGUAAGUGUUAACAUUGCUAUUUUUAUAGAAACUAUUGAUCACUUAAGCUGUAAUCGAAAUCGAUGUAGGGAAUUUUGUAAGCUUUCAAAAAUACAAAUGUAAAACGUUGUUGAAAGAUAUUAAAUGCCAACUUGUUAUAAACAUUUUUUUAAGAAAAAAAUAUAACAUUUUAUCACAAAUGAAGUAUAAACCUAAAAAAAUGUAUACAUCAUUAAAAUAGUUUGUACACAUAAUGGAGGUACUAGAUUGGUGUAAAUACUUAAGGAGCUUUGGAAGUUUUUUUUUAUUGUGCAAGUCAGUGUGGGUGUGUUUAAAUAACAAAACAUCGAGUAUCAUCUUACUGUUGUUGAUAAACGUUUCACCAUUUUAUUGAAUACUGGAUGUUUUUAAUGUGUGAGGCUGGCUUGUGAAGCAAAAUCUCAAAUUGAUCAUGUGAAACUAUGAAAUGUUUUAAAAUUCUUUGAAAGUAAAUUGUUUGUUUGUUGCAUACAUAGCAGGGUUCCCAUUUUUAUAUUUUUUUAAAAAAUCAUUAUACCUUGUUCUAGGUACGAGUGGCAUGAAGAGUGUUGUUUCGAACAUUAAACUUGGUACGCUAGAUUAGAGGUGGGAGAAUGAUUAUAUUACAAAUGAGAGGUCUUCCGCGCAUCAUCAAGAAACCUCAAAAACAAAAUGACAGGCACGAGACUAAAUGUCAGUUCUUUUUCACACUUGGGGUAGCUUAUGAUAUUAACAGCCUUUUUCUGAUUUAAUGUUGAUGCUCUCUAGAACUCUGUAUGAUACAUUAAAUAGAAAUGCUUUAUGUUGGCUUGCAUAAAUCUUUACAGAUUUCAAUCAACAAGGUAUUAAAUGAAAAAUAACAUUGAAAUGAAAAAAAAGAACCAACAACAAGUAAACAAUGUUGUUGCUUUGAAAGCUAUUGAUGGCAGUAUUUGACAAAAUCAUUUCUUGGAUAUGAUUGAUGUGUUUUGCAGUUGCAAGGAACUGGAUUGUGCAAUAUUUUGUAAAUUUGUUUCAAAAAUGUUUACUAUUUUUGUAUUUAUAUCAUUUUUUUCCCCCUAUUCCAUUUGAAAAAUUUUUUUAGUUUUUUAAAAAUAUUUGUUUUUUUGUUGUGGUUUUAAAAAAAAUGAUUCACAAUAACUUUGUUUUUGUUUUUAUGUUUCUAUAACGUACUUCUAAGUAAUAUUCACACGAAAAAAUUUUUUUUGUUCUUCCCCUUUUUUGCUUACUUGUACAAAUACUGUGAAAGAGAGGUUUUAUCAAAGUCUGAAAGAAAUUAUUGAUACACAUUCUUUCAUUAUAAUGUCUUAUAAUUAAAAAAUAGUUGAAUAGCUUAGCAUAAUUACCUGUGGCUCAAAUUUUGUAAAAGAAAAAAUCCUGUUAGAAAUAAAAUGUUUUGAAAUUAAUUAAGUUAAUUAUUCCCUUUUUGGUUCAGUAUGUUAAUAAUUUUUUUUUAUAGUAAAUAUAAUUUUUUUUAAUUCACUUAUAAUUUUGGGACACUUAAAAAAAAAAUGUAUGGAUGCUUUAUACAAUAAUUUUAUUUUUCUCAAGUUAGCUUCUGAACAUCUCAUCAGCAAAAAAAAAAAAAUACAAUAAUUAGCCAACAAAAGUAAAAAAAGGGAAGAGUAAUCCUUUUAUAUCCCUGUAUUGAAAUUUGUGAAUGUAUAACUUAGUGAAGAGGUGUUUAUAAUGUUAGUUUAAGCUAAACAUUUGACUUUCUAAUUUUAGUUGAUGCCUCUAAAGGUGAAGCCAAAGAAAAAUCAGGCAUUUCAAAACAAUAACCACCAAUUCAUAAGAAUUACAAGUUACAAUUUUUAUUCCUGUCCAGUUUUCUAAAAUAAAAAGGUGUAUGCUUCUUAUAAUCAAAACUACACAUAAUUACUAUCAUUAUUAAACAAUUCACCCAUUGAGCUGGUGUUGAAAGGAUAUAGUAUAGUAUUUUCCCUUGGCUGAAUUAAGAUUGGUUUGAGGCUGAUGAAUGGCAUAGGCCUACUUACUGGACAAACAUUGGUCAUGUAUAUUGGAUUUAAGACAUUUUUAUUAUAUGAAAGAAAUUUAUUUGUAUUUUUUUAAAAAUUUAGAUUUAACAAAAUUGCUGUGCCAAGAAGGCUUUUGCAUUAUUUUUUUGCUUCAAAACAUUAGAAAAAUUUUCUGUGUUUCAUAUUGUGCUUUUUAACUUAUUGAAAAUUUGAUUGUUGACCAGAUUUGCCAAGUCUGGUAAAUGAAUAUUCAACAGUGUCUUAAAAUCCUUAUUGAAAUGAUCUCCAAAACCAUAGGAUGGUACAUCACCAUUGAUGAAAUGUUGUGCAUGAAUCAUUCCAGGGGAAGCUAGAUGGUUAUGAUAUAAUGCAUACAUGUGUUUAUAUAUAAAUAUCAUGAGAUCUAUGUAAUGUUGAUGAGCAUUGUUUUACAUUAUAUAUUCUGUGUGGGAAAACAGGGCAAGAGGUGAAAACAAUAUGGAAAUGCAAGCAUUGAAGAAGUGAAUUUUACUGCUGAAACACAACAGAUCAGACAUGUUAUCAAAAUAGAUAAUUUUAAAAGAUUAAAGGGUAAAAUAAAUUUAAAAAACCUACAGUAAAAAAAAACAUGGGGGGGAAUAAGUGUGCUUUUAGUUGAUUGCUCAAUGAUUUUAAAUGAUUACAUGUUUGCUUAAAUAUAUUUUCUUUAAGUAACAAACAAAAUUUGCAAGUGUUAAACUAGAAAACUGUAUUUUGAUAUGAGAUAACAAAAAAAAAAGAUUAAAAUUGGUUUAAUAUAAAUUAAUUUUAAAAAAGCUUGUUAAUAAUUAUGAUGUUAAUUUGUUUUGGUCAUCAAUUUGGAAAAAAAAAAAUGCAACAAAACAACUCACAUGUUGCUGAAAUGAGAAAUAGAAGGACAAUGAAGAAAAGUAUUUUAUUGUGUUGGAAAAGGUUUUUAUUGCUUCCUGUGUGUCUGAUCAUAUUUGUUGUGGCUUUUCGAAGAAACUCUUUGCCAAUGUUCAUUUAAAUAUGCCAAUUCAUAUAAACAAUAAAUGUUGAAUUAUUUUUUUUGUAUUGAUCAUCCAGACAUUUUUUUCUGGAUGCCUGAAGCAUUCACAAAUUGAAAUUACAUAAUUUAAAACAAAAAAAAAAUCCUUGUACAGAUUUUUUUAGAUAUAAAAAAAAAAAUUAAAAGCCGAAACUAUUUUUAAAAAAAUAUCAUGGUUGGAAUUCUUUCUCCUCUUGUAUUAAUUUUACUGUUUUCUUUUUGAAAUGAUAAGUCAAUUUUACUUUUUUGCUGAUUUCAAAAGAUUUGUAUAUAGUAUUAGUGUUGUUAUUGGAUGAAUCAUUCACAUUGCAUCCCAUUUGUUUUCAUCUUUGCAUAGCUACAUUACAGAUGUCAUUUCUCCAUGUCCAUACCUCACGUGACAUCACCAGAAUGAAAGUUUUUUUGUGCUCUGCCAAAAUUCAUCCUCCUCUCUAUAGACACAGUUUAAUUAUAAUUAAUGUGAGGUAUUAAAAGAAAUUUUAAAAGACUCUU